AAAAAUCACAGGCAUAAUAAUAAUAAUAAUAAUAAUAACUGACUGCGGAUCUUUUCUCUCUCCUCACUGCAACGAACACGUCCCCAAGGUCUGCAAUUCUUAGCUGUUAACAUCUCCAUUUGAAGAUCCAAUCAUGGAUUUCAUGAAGGUCUUCGACCAGACAGUCCGUGAAAUAAAGAGAGAGGUCAAUCUUAAGGUCCUGAAGGUUCCCGAGAUCGAACAGAAGGCAAUACAAUUCAUUUGGUGUGUUGAUGCAACUGAUGAUGCGCCUUGGGGUCCUCAUGGAACUGCAUUGGCAGAGAUUGCGCAGGCCGCUAAUAAAUUCACGGAAUGUCAGAUGGUUAUGAAUGUUCUGUGGACAAGAUUAGGUGAAAAAGGCAAGGACUGGCGUCUUGUCUACAAGGCAUUAUCUGUUAUAGAGUAUUUGGUGGCACAUGGAUCUGAGCGUGCUGUUGAUGACAUAAUAGAACAUACAUUCCAGAUAUCAUCACUUACAAGUUUUGAAUACGUGGAGCCAAGUGGAAAGGAUGUGGGACUUAAUGUGAGGAAGAAGGCAGACAAUAUUGUGGCCCUGUUGAAUAAUAAGGAAAAAAUACAAGAAACCAGAAAUAAAGCUGCUGCAAACCGUGAGAAGUACUUUGGUCUUUCAUCCACGGGAAUAACAUGUAAGUCAGGUGCAGCCUCAUAUGGUAGUAGUGGCUUCCAGAGUAGCAGUCAGUAUGGCAGCAUAAGUGGUACUAGAAAUGGUGAUAGUUUUAGGGACAGUUAUAGAGACAGGGAUCACUAUAGAGAUGAAAAGACUGAAAAGGAUAACUAUGAUAAGUCACAUCAAGGGGAUGUUAGUGACGAUCCAGGGAACAAGCGGAAGAAGUGUUUCACACGCGUUGGCAGCAGGGAUCAGAAUAAUGUGUCAGUCAAUGCAUCAAAGUUGUCAUCUAAGUUAAAUGACCCUCACAAGAACAAUUCUGUUCCUUCACAAUGCUCAAGUGCCCCUUCAAGUAACUAUGAUGAUGAUUUUGAUCCCAGGGGAACUUCCAGCUCUAAGCCAGCUGCUGAAACUUCUAACCAAGUUUUUCUGUUUGGGGAAAAUUUGAUUGGCGACCUCGUGGAUGCACCAACAUCUGUUUCCACAGAAACAUCAGCCACGAAUGGCAACUCAUCAGAGGUCGAUCUGUUUGCUGAUGCAACAUUCGUAUCAGCACCACCCCAAGUAGAAAAGGGGGCAACUUCUCAUUUUCAGACUCAUGUUGAUCUGUUUGCUACCCAACCUGUUGUUCCUACUCAGGUUGAUCUGUUUGCGUCCCAACCUGUUGUUCCUCCUGCAGUUCCUCAAACCAUUGAUUUCUUUUCCACUGUUGAUCCAGUUGUGCAACCAGAUACCAAGGCUCAAAAAUCUGAUUCUACAAACAAUAACAUUGUUGAUCCAUUUGUGACAGUUCCAUUGAACAAUUUUGAUGGAUCUGAUCUUUUCGGUGCAUCUUCUAGUUCCAAUUCAGUUUCUACAAAACCUGAAAAAGAUCCCAUAAAUGAUGGAAGCCUUAAUACUUUGAAUCUGAAUGCUUCAGACUCCAAGCCUCCGCCAAAGGAGACUUUCCAAGUCAAAUCUGGAAUAUGGGCAGAUUCACUAAGCCGUGGACUGAUUGAUCUUAACAUAUCUGCUCCUAAGAAGGUAUCAUUGGUGGAUGUUGGUGUUGUGGGUGAUCUGAGUGAUGGGCAAGAUGAAAAGGACAAGGGAGCACCAACUUCGUUUUAUAUGGGAAGAGCCAUCGGCACAGAGUCUGGCCUUGGUAGAUCUUGGCUUAUAUCUUCACAGUCACGGGCAAUGGAUGCAGACUUCUUCUCAAGCCUCAGCAGCCAACAAUACCAAUUUGGUAGUUUCAAGAAGUAAAUUUUGUUGUCCAUUUGACAUUUUUCCCCUGAUCAUCUUCUCAAUAUUCUUUUGCCCAUUUGGCAAAGAAAAUUUGAAAUGUUGAGCAAAUUUGUGUGCUAAAUCUUGUUCAUACAUGAAAACAACGUAGUGAUCUGAUUAAUGUAUCUGUCACUGAGCGGAUAACUUUUUAAAAGUCUGCUUAUGUUCAAUUGAUUGUAAAGAUAGCAUCCUUCUAAA